UCAACAACCGUCAUAAGGCUACAGCCACUGCCAGCCAUGUCUUGCCUCUAACACAAAAAAUACAGUUUUUAGCAUUUUAACGAGCACACCGAGAGCACACUUUGCUGCUCUUUUUUUUAAAGCCUACCAGGUACAUUUUUCUAGAGAUAAAGAGCGUCAUUUUUUUUUUUUAAUAAGAAGGAGAGAAGAUGUCUUCCCCAGCGCAGCAGAGGAGCAGGUCUGGCGUUCAGCUGCUGAGCGCGGCGCUGCCGCUGCUGCUGCUCUCGCUCUCCGGUUGUUCAAGCAUGGAUGUGACCGUGCCCGGUAACCUCAAUGCACUGAACGGAACAACUGUCAAAAUCACCUGCAUAUUUACUUCCUGCUAUAGGAUGGAUGAGACAAAGUUUGCCAUGAACUGGACCUACCAAGAGUCACUCAACGACACAGAAGAGAUGUUUAUGACGUACUCUAGGAAAAAAGGAAUGGUGGCUCUGAGUUCAAACCGCUUUGGAGACAGGGUCAAGUUUGCCGGGAACCUGGUUAAGAACGACCUGUCAAUUACCCUAUCGGAUGUUCAGCUGGAGGAUGAGGGGGUUUACAACUGCUAUGUGAGAAACCCCCCUGACCGCAUCCAGGGACAUGGUGUCAUACAGUUCAAUGUUGUUACCGAACUUCCCCCUCCGAGGGAUUCAACCAUCGCAGUCGCCAUUGGGGCAUCGGUGGGUGGAGCAUUAGCUCUUUUGAUCCUUUCCAUGGUUGUAGUGAAAUGUCUUCGUCGACACCGGAAACAGGAACUGAUUUCGGAGGAGAAGAUGGAGGAGGAGGGAAAACUGGAGGCUGAAGGUGUAGGAGAGGAGGGAACCAAGUAAGAAAUCUCACCACAACCAUAGCUGGGUCAUCUGAUAGAACCAGCGGCCUGUGUAGCCCUUACACCCAACACUUCCUCUGACAUGUGCACCCCCUUCCUGAAGAUCUAUAGUAACCACUGCUUGAGUUAUCAUCGACUGAUACUCCCAUCCCUUCUGGAUGUGUGUGUGUCUGUGUGCACGCAAGUGUGCUUCCUUGUGUGGGUGGGUGGGUG